AUGAGAAAGCACCAGAAAACAUUACGCUUAUCCUUCUCACUCCACCACGAGAAAUCGGCCCAAAAGGCAUUCGCCAUUUUACGGAUGAUCCGAUGCACUCCCAUGGACUUUCAAAUACUCUAUGGGGCCUACGUCAGACCGCUCCUGGAAUACGCCAAUCAAAUUGUCUACUCAGGACGCACGGAAGACGUUACGCUCAUCGAGCGUGUCCAGCAAGCCGCUACGAGAAUUGUGGCCGGUCUCAAAUCCGUGGACUACGAAACGCGCCUUGCGAUACUUGAUCUCUUUCCCCUGGGGUACCGUCGUCUCCGGGGGGACCUAAUUCUUACUUAUGCUCUGUUUGAACAAUGCUUGGCCGACGGGUUUUUCACGGUUGACACAGCAAUCACACGGGAGUACAUGUUCUCUUGCGACGGAUUAACGCAAGACACUUCUUGGCAGGAAACGGCACAUUUUUGUACCUAUAACCUUGUUCCGUUUUUCGAAGCCGCUGACAUGGCGUGCAGAGGUUGUGGAAAUUCUGUGCGACUGUCGUGUAUGCUUUUUCUGGUUGCUGCGUAUUUCCUUGUUGAGUUGAUCGUAGGCUACGUCAUCAAAUCAGUGGCACUCGUCGCGGACGCAUUUCAUAUGCUUUCAGACUUAAUCGCACUUAUAAUUGGUAUAAUAGCAACACGCAUUGCAAAGUGGCCAAGUUCCUCUAAAAAUACUUUUGGAUGGCAGCGAGCCGAGGUAAUGGGCGGCCUGAUUAACACUGUGAUGUUAUCAACUUUCUGUAUCUCAAUCUUGAUGGAGGCUAUUCAGAGGUUUGUCAAACCAGAACUUAUCGACAGUCCCCGUCUCAUGAUCUAUGUUGGAGCUGGUGGGCUUCUUGUGAACAUUCUCGGUCUCAUUGUCCUUGGCACACAUUCGCACGACAAUCAUAGUGGAACCAUUGAAGUCAUGGAUCCAGAUGCACCUGAAUCAUCUCCUUCGAAUACCGGAUUGCGGUCGAUGUCGGAUUCGAAUUUUUACUCACAGCCUAGGAGCAUAGACGGAUCUUUGGUCCUGGAUGGGAAAGUGGCUCCUUUGUAUACGUCUGAAAUGGAAAGGCUCGCAAAUGAUGUCAACGGCCCCAGCCAAAUUAAUACUACGGUCAAAGCAUCAGAGGAUAAACCCAAGAAAGUAAAACAACGUGGUUCGAUGAAUAUGCGGGCAGUCUUUCUACACGUCCUUUCGGACUUCUUUGGCUCGAUAAUCGUGGUAGCCAGUGCCGCAAUUUUAGAAUUUGCUCCAGGAAAGCCGGAUGAGGGGGCUGCGUGGAAGCUAUAUGUUGACCCCGCAAUGAGUAUGGUCAUGGUUCUCAUUAUCCUGAGCUCUGCAGUGCCUUUAUUGUACAGAGCAGCUCUUAUUCUGCUUCAAUCCGUGCCUAAUGAAAUUUCACUAAAGAAUCUGAAAAACAGGUUGGAAAAUAUCGAUGGGAUUCACAAAGUCCACGACUUACAUGUCUGGCGGUUACAGAGCAACUGUAUAAUUGGAACCGUCCAUAUCAGAUGUGUUAGUUUACCUGAUUAUCUAAAUAUUGCCCGGAAAGUAAAGGAGUUGUUCCACGAAUUCAAUAUCCACUGUACAACAAUACAACCGGAGUUUGAAGAGGGCGUUGAGGAUGACGUUCGGGGUGAUAUCGAUUACCAAACUUGUGUUCUAGACUGUGGACCAAAUACAAACUGUCAGUCAGAUACUUGCUGCCCAGCGCCAAAUUCUGCCGGUAACACAGCCGCAUUGUCAAGUGGAUCCAGCAAUAAAUCUUCACCCGGGGUCCCAGCACCCAUUGAUUCGUUGCAAUCUGCUCAAAACGGGCCCUCUGUUAAUGCUCAAUCUCCCGCUGACGUUGACGAGGUUCGCAUACGGAUAUCCUCCGUAACAAACCACACGGAUAAGUCGGUGAUUACCCCAAAUAUAUGAGCGAAGCCAACAAUCCGUUUAACUUUGAUCUCCUCCCCAAGUAAACCAACGAGCACGCGUUUUAGGAGGCACACGUUUAUUCACUCCACCACGUCAGCGCUAACCGCGCCGAUUUUCACGUGCACCAGCUUCUCUGUGGCCUGACAAAACACCGCCACUCCAUCGCCCAGGCGAAGAUGUAUCCGUUUGGAAACCGGGUCCACAUAAAUUACAUCCGUGAAUUCAUCCCCCCACUUAUCCAUACAUUUUAAGUCAGCGACCCAGGGAACUGAUUUGUUCUACUCAUAUUGUAUCUAGUCUAUAUCCUCUUAAUCUGCUUUGGUUGUGACCCGUAUUCCAAUUUCUUUUGAGCUUAAUCUCAUUUCCAUGGUUAAAAGUAUCUAUGCCCGGCUGGAAGCAAAUGAAGAAGCUGAAACUGCAACCUCAGCAGACACGUACCUCAACUUUCCGACCCUCCUACAGUUCGCCCUCUGCUGCUUUACGCAGGCGAAUACUAUACGUGCCCUAAGGCAAGCUCAGUAUAUGCCAUCCAACAUUAUUUUUAUUCUUCUUGAAAAGAUUUACCAGCUGCACCCGUUCCCUCACUGUUUCUGUUGUCUGUUUCGCAGUAUUUUGUUACCCCUUUCCCUAAUCAAUUGAGAGGCACUCAUGAAAACGUUUCCGCCAUGAUCUUGCCUCCAAAUGAUCAGGUGAAAUGUUCUGCCAAAUUAGUAUCCCACACCUCGUGGUCACCUUAAUUUCAGUGUUCGGCAAAAAGUUUGCUUUAGACCGAUAAACUUGCCGACUUGUGCGUCCUAUGUUUCUGUAUGAAAGACCACAGCCAAC